UGGGCAACUCAGCAACUAUAUCUUUGCACAGAUUUUGAUAAAUCUUCCCCAUGGCAUGUGCCUGAACAAGAAUAGCUGUGAUCUCCUCCUCUGACCUGACCUGUACAGUCUGGCCAUGUGUACAUUGUUUUCCCCCCAAAUGGAUUGCCUGCAGAAUACUCCAUCUUAGCCACAUUUAAAAUAUUAUCAAAUACGCCACAAGAUGCCUGGAAUUUAUGGCAGAUCAUCAAUACUAAUACAGAUCAGAAGAUUGGACUAUAUUUAAAUAAAGAUACCCAGACUGUAAGCCUAUUGUACUCCUCGCCAUCUAAGACUCUACAUUUCCAUACAUCCAGCAAUGUUACAACACUUUUUGAUGGCAAAUGGCAUAAGUUAUCUUUCAGUGUAACAAGAGAGGAUGCGAAGAUGAUUUUGGAUUGUAUUGAAGUGAGUUCAGUUACAAUAGCUGGUCAGAAAACACAUGAAAAUAAAAUGGUUACUUCAAGCAUGCACGGAGAAUCACACUCAGUUCCUUUGGUUGAUAUUCAGCAGCUUGAAAUCCACUGUGAUCCCACGAAAGCUUUGAAAGAGCAAUGUUGUGAACUGUAUGAUCAGUGUGCUGGGUCUGCAGAGCUAAGCCUUGGAGAAAAUUCUCCUCGGUGUUCCAAAUGUGCACAUGGAGUUUUAGGUCUUCAGGGACCUGCAGGAACACAGGGUUAUAAAGGGCAUGAAGGAGAACAAGGAGAGUCUGGACGUGUAGGAAAUCUGGGUGUCCGUGGCAAUCCCGGAGCUUAUGGAAGAACUGGUGACCCAGGAAUCAGCGGAGAACCAGGCAUAAAGGGAGAAAAGGGAGAGAGAGGUAUACCUGGUGAAAGGGGUGACCGUGGAGAUCCUGGCUUCAAAGGACUACAAGGAGCAGAUGGCUUUAAAGGCAUUGCUGGUCCACCUGGAAUCAGAGGUAUACCUGGUUCAAAGGGAGAGGAGGGAGAACAAGGAGAAACAGGAUACGAAGGAAUUCCGGGGUUCCAAGGAGUUAAGGGAGAUGAUGGUUUCCCAGGAGUUGAGGGUCGUCCAGGCAAACAAGGGCAAAAGGGAAUUGGUGGUGAUCCAGGAGAACCAGGAAUUGAAGGAAAUAAAGGCGAGCCAGGUAUACCAGGACCAAAAGGAAGAAAAGGAUCACAUGGUCUACAAGGGAUCAUUGGUGACCCAGGCCAAUUGGGACGAGAUGGAGAUGAUGGAAUUGAGGCAUUUCAAGGUCCUCAGGGUAAAGUAGGACGUCUUGGCACUUUGGGAUUCAAGGGAGAAAAAGGAUUCGUUGGACAACGAGGCUCUGAAGGUCCACGAGGAAAACCUGGACCUCCAGGACCAAAAGGUGAAGCUGGACGCCCUGGAAGACCUGGAUUUAUUGGACCACCUGGAGCAACUGGUCAUGUUGGACUUCCUGGUGCACCUGGUCUAAAGGGCAAUGCUGGAAUUCAAGGACAUAAAGGUGUAGAAGGACCGAAGGGAGAAAAAGGAGGAAAAGGACCCAAAGGAAAAGUUGGAGACAGUGGUCCAGUAGGUCCUGAAGGGCUUUUUGGUAGGAGAGGGCCUCCAGGAGAACUUGGGGCACGCGGUCCACCAGGAGAGCAAGGUCUUUCUGGUGAUCCUGGGAUCCCAGGAGAUAUUGGGCCAAUGGGAUCCAGGGGACCAUCUUUUCCAGCAUCCCAUGUAAUAGAAGUUUGUCAGAAAUUUGUUCUUGAACAAAUGUCAUCAUAUGCACAGUCUGUACGACGUCAGUGUGCUAGUGCAUGCCCAUUGUUUGGUGAAGUACCAAUGGGUGCACCAGGUCCAGUAGGACUGCCCGGACCACCCGGAGCACUAGGUAAACCUGGACUGAAUGGAAUUGAUGGUGAAGAUGGUCCAGAAGGAUUUUAUGGUGAAUCUGGAGAUCUUGGAAAGCAAGGGCAAAAAGGUGAAUCUGGAGAAAAAGGAGACAAAGGUCCAAAAGGAUAUGGCCUAGUAGGACAUCAAGGAGAUGAAGGAGAAAGAGGUAAAAGAGGAAAACCUGGUCAAGCAUUUGAUGGAGAACCUGGUUUAAUGGGUCCUCGUGGGCACAGAGGUCAGCUUGGCCUUAUAGGUUAUACAGGAGUGAGGGGACCACCAGGACCAUGCUUGGCAGCUGUUUGUGAACAAACUGAAGAAACAAGAGAAUCUACAGAAAACUCCUAAACAUAACUUAACCAAAGUGUUGAAGAACUGACCAUUAAUAAUCAAACACAAGAGGUGGCAACAACUUAUCAUAGAUUUCCUAAAAUCUCGUAUGAAUGUUUUAAAAUCAUGAGAUUAUACUCGAUUUUGUAAAUAAAGUUUAUUAAGUUUUGAAAGGAUAAGGACUGAGAAGUAAAAAAUAAGAAAUCAUUAUAUGAUUUAUCAGUCAGAUAUUUAUUGAAGAAAAAUAUAAAAAUAAAGAGCAGAAUCAGCCAUAAGGUUAAAACCUAAUAACAUGCAGGUCCCCCCUGUUGCUGACUAAGACAGUUAUAUUGAAUCACAGAUUCUACAAGACUUCAGAAAAUAUCCAUUAGUUAUCUGGGGCCAAGA